AUGCAGGGCGGUAACACGAACCUUUUCGGUUCGUCCAACGUGUUUGGUAACACGACAGGCAACACCGCCAACCAGGGGUCAGGCCUCUUUGGUAACACUGCUGCUGCAACGAACAAUACUACCACCCAGGGAACUGGAUUAUUCGGUAAUACCGGAACUACUGCAACAAAUACCAACAUAUUUGGCAGCGGAAGUAGCUCUGCAGGAGGGCUCUUUGGGAAUACUACCAAUACCACAGGCGGUAAUAUUUUCGGCAGCAGCACCAACGUUAGUAGCCCAUUUGGUACUACUACUGGUACCAAUGCUACCACUGGUGCUGGGAUUUUUGGCAGUUCUACAAACACCAGCGGGAAUUUGUUCGCUAAUACCCCUGCAACGACCACUGGUAACACUUCUACAAACAUUUUUGGUGGCACGUCGUCUGGCAGUGGAUUAUUUGGAAAUACAAACACGACGACGAAUACCACGGGAACCAAUUUGUUCGGCGCCACUCAAACAAACACUGCGGCUAGUACCACUGGAACUAAUUUGUUCGGUGCAGCUACUACUGGGUCUACAACGGGUACCACAGGAACUGGCCUGUUCGGAUCAGCCACAUCAAACACGACACCAGCUACCACUGGUACCGGUUUGUUCGGAAGUACCCCUGCAGGUACUAUUACAGGUACAACUGGAACCGGGUUAUUCGGUAGCGCCGCGACUGCUACAACACCUACAACGGGUACCGGAUUAUUUGGGUCAACUGCAACUGCUUCAACUCCCACUGCUACGACGACUACUACCACUGGCGCAGGCCUUUUUGGUAAUACUACUGCAGGUACUACAAACACUGGAGCAGGCUUAUUCGGAACUGCGUCAGGGACCACACCGGCUGCUACCACUACCACUGGUACGGGCCUAUUUGGUUCCACUACUACAGGUACCACUGGUACCGGAUCAGGCUUGUUUGGAGCAACUACGAGUCCGGCCGCUGUUACUCCAGGUACCAAUAUUUUUGGAGCUACCACCACCACAGACUCGUCAACUGCUACCAGCGGUACAAAUAUAUUCGGUACAGCCACGACGGGUUCUACCACGGGUACUACAGGAACUGGAUUGUUCGGAUCAACAACUACAGGUUCUACUCCAGCUAGUACAGGGACUAAUAUAUUUGGAACAGCAACAACAGGGGCUACAACUGGCACCGCUGGAACUGGUUUAUUCGGCUCUACAACAACGACUUCAGCGCCUGCUGCUACAACAACCAACAUAUUUGGCACAGCCACGUCGACAUCUACAACAGGGACCUCUGGAACUGGGUUAUUAGGAUCUACUACUACUACUGCAACAAAGGAUACGACAGCGCCAUCUACUACCACUGGUACGACUGCAGGCGCGCCAUCAGUUAGUAUCACGGGUGUGACGCCGCCUUCCACCUCAGUUGGAACCUCGACUGGCGCCGGAACUGCCACAUCAACCGUUACAAGCGGCGCUACCGCGGGUACAGCCCCUUCUACAUCGAAUAUCUUUGGCACAACUACUACAACGUCAUCUACUGCCGUCACAACUACACCUGCCGCGAAUAAAACCGAUGCCGCAAAGCCAGCGACCCCUGCUACAUCAACGAACAUAUUUGGCGCAACAGAUAGUACAAAGUCAUCGUCUGGCGGUUUGUUUGGCGCGUCAACAUCCAAAGAUACCACAACCAAUACCAGCACUCCUUUCACUUUCGGAGCAGCUACAGCGAGUUCCAGUACCUCUGGUCCUAGUGUAACUUUUGGUCCUGUUACUACUUCUACUGUAGCGAGCACUUCGGGCGUACCAGCGACGAAGGAUGAUGGCAAGCCUAAAUUCGAUAUGGAUUUCAGCAUCACUGAGCAACACAACAUUUUGGAACUGCUUGAUAGUUGGGAGAAUCGUUUGUCCAAGAAGAUCGAGUCCUUUAAAGGUUUUGCGGAUAAGGUUGCCAACAUAGACCGUAACUUGGUGCUGCAAUCUAGCAACCUGAAUAAGUUGUUGAACGAAUAUAAGUGUCUUGUGGAGAAGCAUGAGAAGAUGGAGGCUGCGAUAAAACAGAUGGAGGAAGAGCAGAAUUCCGCUAUAAAUAUUUUGGAUGCAAUGGAGCGUUCGUUGCAAUCGCAGCUUGGUCGUGUCCGCAAGUUCAGUGCCAACUACAACACUGUACACAAUAUAACUAAGCAACUCCAGGAACUGGGUGAGCAGCUCUCACAUGCUACUAAGGAAGCGGAAAAUACUGCUGCAGUGUGCCAGCCGGAGCCACUUUACACUGUCGCAAAGGUGUUAUCGUUCCAUGAGGCCAGCUUGGUUAAUCUGGAAAGUCAGUGCAAUGAAAUCGAGAACCGUAUAAAGGAGAUCGAGAAGGCUUAA